AUGGCUUCGCUGGAUUCAGAAGAGGAGGACCGGAACGGCGGAAUCGAGCACGGUGAUUCUCGCCUGUGCCUGACGUCCGGGAUGGCAGGGCUGAGCCAAGCCGAGAUCCGUGCCAUAAGGCACAGGCUGCGGGUGAGAUUGGGCAAGAUCUCCUCCAUGAAGCUCGUUUCAGGGAAGAAUCUGCACGAUGCCGUGUCAGGCCUGGGAUUGACGAGCUACACGGUCGAGGACAUGAAUGAUUUGGUGAACCACCUGGCAACAUUUGUUGGUCUGGACUUCGAAGAUCUGCCGGAAGAGAAGGGCUGGGGUGGCACGAUUGGCAUAGACUCGAUGUCGACCGGUAUCAGCAUGUUUGGCUUUGGUGGGGCCAGCGAGAGGCAGAAAGACUUCAGCGAGCCGAUCUGGGAGUGGCCCACUCUCAAGGACAGGUUGCACCAUUCCAACACCGCGAGCUCGCACACCUCGGCCGAAAAGCACGAGAGAUGCAACUACAACUUGGUGCCCAGGCAGGUGCUCAUCGAGGUCAUGAUGGCGCAAGAAGGCGACAUCCAUAAGCGGAUCUUCGGUGCGAAGUUGCUUCAGCAGUUCAAGGCUAUCAAAGAAAUUCUACUCGCUGGCGACACGAACCGCUUGGUGGCAGAACUCACUUUCGUCCGCAUCAACGACCUUGCAGCACCGCCCGACGAAGUCAGCUUGUUGACCUACCUGGAGCCUUUCGUCGGCCUCGUCAUUGUGGCGAAUGGCAUCAUGAUCGGUUUUCAAACAAGCCUUGAAUACGAGAACUGGUCUGGCUGGGUCUAUGUGGAGAUCGUUUUCGCCUGCAUUCUGCUGCUGGAGCUUCUGCUGCGCCUCCGACUGCUCAAGUGCCGCGACUUCUGGUGUGGUGCUGAGAGGCUAUGGAACUGGUUCGAUGCCUUCUUGGGCGCAAUGGCCAUCACAGAUGCUGCGCUGCAGCUGAUUUGGCAGGCAAGCACAGAGAUGGACGGUGCCAACCUGUUGCGUUUCUGCCGACUGUUGCGCUUGGCGCGGAUUGUGAAAGUCUUCCGUCUCAAGUUCAUGAGAGAUUUGCGCCUCAUGAUCAAAGGACUUGUUGCCGGAGUAUGGACACUGUCCCUGGCAUUUUUGUUGCUCGCUGCAGUUCUCUACGUCAUUGCCGGAUUUACCACAGUCGCCAUCGGGCGUCAUGCCCGGCUUCGAGAACUAGGACUCCAGGUGUAUUUCACCAACAUACCUAUGUCUAUGUUUACAGCUUUCCGAUGCUUCACUGGCGAGUGCGUCACUGAUGAAGGUCGAUCCAUCCCAUCAAUUCUGACAGACGAGUUCGGUGUGCCCUUUGUGGCAUGCUACGUUGCGAGUUACAUGCUCGUGUCGAUGGGCAUUUUCAAUGUGAUCUUGGCAGUUUAUGUGGAUAUCACGAUGAAGGCAGCAAAGGAGAACGACGCGGUCAGUGCGGAACAGUACGCUCGAGAGUCCAUCCGCAUCGCACGUGCAACCCGUGAGUUGCUGAAGAAGUUCGCUGCAGCCCAUCACAUUUUCCAUGAGACGGAG